AUGGACGAUCAAGGCCUCGGCCUGCGGGAGAAUGCCGCCCAAGACCUGAACCAAAUCCCAAUGACCCCGCCGACAGAAUGGCACCCUGCCCGUCAAUUCGCACGGAAACCCAUCCACGCGGCCCAGUCCACGGCGACGACGCCGGCACCCAUCGGCAGCCCGCUCGGGCCCCACGGAAGAAGCCCGCCGACACCCUCCGCCAAAUCACCACAACCGUCCUUUUCAGAGCGAGCUGCUGGCGCGGCGGCCUACUUUCCGGCCCCGCCCAGCGACAACGAUGCCCCGUCGCACCAGCGUCCCCGGCCGGCGCCGUUGCAAAUGCACCCGGUCGAGUACUCCAACUACUCGGGUUCAUACUCAAGCCUCAGCACGCCAUACACAGGAGGGCUUUUAUCGGGAGGCCUCCCGCCCAAGAGGCCGAUGCACGCCCGCGUCGACUCGCAGUCAUCGGCGGCCGGCCUGCUCUCGCCGCCGUGGCAGGGCCCGCCGCCAACGAACCGGCAGCAGUCCAUGUACUACCCGCCGGAGCCCGUACGGCUCUAUAACAAGUACUGGCACCCAUCGUGGAACAUGUACUUUUUCCUGUUUGCCGGCAUCGCCUUCGCGCUCGGGCACCACUUCUUCUACGCGAGGCUCGACGGCACCGUGGCCGACGGCCAGAUCCGCAUGCUCCGAUACGGCGCGGCGCUGUCGUUUCUCAGCAAGGCAUCUCUCGCGUCGGCCGUGAUCCUGGCCUUCCGGCAGAGGGUAUGGAUGACCGUCCGGCGGAAGAUGCUCACCCUGGGCGCUGUCGACUCCCUCUUCGCGGCGGCGGAGGACAUGACGGCCGUGUUCAACAUUGAAAUCUUUCGCCAGGCCCGGGUCGCCAUGAUCCUGGCCAUCUACGUCUGGUGUACACCCCUCGUGGUGGUCCUCACCUCCGACACGCUCACGGCCCAGCCCGCGACUAUGCGCGAGGACACCAUGUGCCCGUCGGUCCGCACGCUCGACUUUGCGCAGGAGGAGACCAACGACUUCCGGACCACCCCAAAGAUUGAGAACCUCUUCGAGCUCUCCGUGUCCAUGUGGAACACGACAAGCCUGAACCAGACGGACGAGCACUUCUUCGACUACUGGAUCGGGACGAGUUGGCAGUUUGAGGAAAUCUCCACCUCUGCGAUCCUGGGGAAGAAGCCCAUGGCCAGGACCAACGCCGGCAUCGACAUCUGCGGCAUGGGCUACAACUGCUCAUUCUCCAUCAAGUUCCAGGGCCCCGGGUACAAGUGCGAGGAGCUGGCCAGCGGCGUGGGGGCCACGCCCAAGAAGCUUAACGGCGCCGACGUGCCGUUCAACAUGAGUAUGCUCGCCCCCGUCGGCAACCACACGUACAUUGCCCACGCCACGCUGGGCGAGUACCAGAACCCGCAGAUGAACGAUUCGUUACCCGGCGGCAUCCCGACAAUCCCCCCACCGUUCCCGCCUCACCUCGGCGCGCUCCGCACGGAGCCUGUCCUCUUCUUCGGAUACGCCCACGUCGACGACCCCUCCGCCGACCAGCCCUCCAACAACUCGGACCCACGAUGGCAGACGGCAUACACCCCCAAGGUGUUUGGCUGCGAACACCGCGAGACCGAGUAUGAGGUCGACUUCAAGUACUCGGGCCAGUUGCAGACGACCCACGUCCGGAAGAGAACCUUCCUCGACCGCGUCGUCGACACGCGCUACCUUCCCGGCGUCGACGCCGUCGACGGGACGGCCGACAACACGACGGCCACGCCCGAGUCCAACUACAUCCUGCCAAAAGACGUCGCCCGCUACCGCCGCGCCAUGGCGUACCACUCCAUCGGCCUGCAGUUUCGCAACUUUGUCAACGGCACCAUCUUCCAGCCCAACACCAACGCAAACACCCGGGUCCUGCAGACGCGCAUCCUCGACCAGCACAACUACCUCGUUGUCAAGGACUUCAUGGCCGAGGUCCAGAGCCUCUACGAGGACGUCAUCCUCUCCAUGUUCGCCCAGCCCCGCCUCCUGGCCGUCGUCUGGGCCAACGACACGAGUGUCAAGACGGGUAACGACAAGGGCACCGACAUGCUGUACCCCUGCACCCGCGAGCGCACCGACAUCCGCUACAGGUACCACGCCCGCGACCUCUGGGCCGUCUACUCCGUCGCCAUCCUCCUCGCCGUCGUCGGCGUCGCCUUUGGCGUCGCCGCCGUCCGCGAGGAGGGCCUCGUCCGCAACACGCGCUUCAGCAGCAUCGUCGCCGCCACGCGCGGCCCGGGCCUCGAGAAGCUGCCCUGGGCGACGACGCCCAACAGCGACCACCGCCCCGUCGCCGCCGCAAAGGUCGGCUACGGCCUCGUGCCACAGGGCGGCGCCGAGACCUACGGGUUCGGGGUGGAGGGCGACGUCAAGCAGCCCCAGAAGGAGGACGCCGGGAGGACGCCGUCGAGGCUAGGCAGCCCGUUUCAGAGGAGCGCGUUCAACAGGAGGUGGUCGAGGUUGAGUAGCCAACCAUAG